GGCUCAUCCUACGACUUCUUCUCUUCGGCGGCUUUCGAUCUGUCAUUCUCCUUCCAUUCGAAGGUAACCAUCGUCGGUUUGUAUUCCAUUUCUUUUGAGAUUGUUUUUAUGGAUUAUUGUAGAGGGCGAUGACGAUUUAUUACAAGGUCUCGUUCGUCGGAACGGCGGUGCUUGUCGCCGCCUUGACGACCAUCCUGAUAUAUCACCACCCAUAUUCUGAGUCCGCCUCCUCCGACAUUUUCUUCGAAUUAUCUUAGUUUUUUUGAUUCGUUUUGACAAAUCUUUUGGCCGAUGAUUAAUCUAUCACUAAUGACAAGCAUAUGUCUGAAGGCUUUCCCAUGUCGAAUAGAUCUAAUCUUCUCUAUGAGGCCAGUCUUUUUUCUUACUUUUUGGUUAACAAAUUGAUUUUAGUUUAAAAUAGUCUAUGAUGAGGAUUGUGGAUGCUUUCUUGUUUCUGAGAUUUUUAUGAUUAUGCAAACACUACUGCCUUCCUUCUGAGACUUUUAUGCGGUGACAUAACAAUUUUUGUUUUAUAUUGCAGUCGUUUAUGGUGUAUUCGUUAUUAAAAUUGUUCAUUCGAUUUAGAGAGGUCGCGUGAUGAUCGCAUAGUUCAAAUGAUCUUCACCAUCUUGUAUGGUGUUAUGAUUAUUGACAACGUCUUUCGCUCCUAUCUGACGACCUUUUCUUUAGUUUCGACAUCGUGUCUUCGUUGUUUUUAAGAAUUGUAUGUAGAACUGAAUUAUAAAUUUAAAAUGUAGAGUCGAAAUAGAAACUCUUAAGAGUUCGACUUAAUAAUCAAGAACACUAGAUUGAAGCAUUUCAAAUCUGAAUGGCGAGGGUAAGAAACCUCUGCUAUCUCCUUGCAUUUAUUCUUGUUUACGGUGGUCGAUCGGUGGGUCGGAUUGCAGCUCAGAGGCCAUUGAAUGCGGCAGUUUUGGGAAGCUUGUUCUCAUAACCAACAGACUCACUUUGCUUUUAACUUCUGUUUUAAUCCAAUGAUUAAUUGAUUUGUAUUGGCAAGUUUAGAUCUAACCAAGCCGAGUCCUUGAGUGUGCUUGUCAAAAAAUGAAAUUUAGUGUGGUUUGAAUUCUUUUAAUUGUAAUUGGUUUGAAUUGUUUUAAUUUUAAUUCGAGUUAAUAAAUAUAUAUAUGCUUAUCAAAAGAGUCAUUAGAAAUUGUUGGUUAAUAAACCAUUUAGGUGAUAAUUAAAAGGCAAACAAUAUUUUUUGUUAAAGAUUAAAAUAGAGCUCUUUAGUUCUUUUAUCAUAUAAAGGAUAUUUUACUUUUAAAAAAUAUAAAUAGUUUUAAUAAAAUUAUUUUUAAUUAAAAUUGGUAUAACGUGAUAAAACAUUUAGGGAUAAAUCUACAUGUGUUUUAUUUUUUGUAGGAUAACAAUUCAUUGUUAUAUUAAAAAUUUAAAGAAAAUGAGUAUUUUUUAAAUGAUAAUUAUUUCACUUGUGGUUGUCAUUUAUUUAUUUUUAUCAUGACUUCUAUUAUGUGAUUGAUAUUUGUCGAAUAAAGAAUCGAAUAGUAACUAAAUUUGCAAUCUUGGCAUUUCUUUCAGUAGUUUUUUUAAAUGUAUUUAUUUUAAAAACUAUAUUUAAAUAAUAAUAUUUUAAAAUUUAACUAAAAGUGUCUCAAUGUAUUUAAAAAUAUUAAGGUAGUUUUUAAAAGAUGUUUUCUUUUAGAAAAAAAUUAGGAUAAUUUAUUGAAUCGCUAGAUUUUUGUAUACUAAAAUUAGUUGCCAACUUUCAUUUAUCAAAAUACAUAAGGGGGUGUUUGGUUGGGGGUUAUCAAUGAUAAUCUUAAUAGGUUAUCAAUGAUAACUUUGAUAGAUUAUCAAUGAUAACUUUGAUUGGUUUAGGUAAUGAAUAAUUUCGGGUAAUGUAAUAUUCUUGUCAUGUCAGCAAUAAGGGAAUAUAAUCUGGAAUCAGAAAACCUUACAAACUUUAGGUUUUCUACGAUUCCGGAGUUAUCAAUAUUUUUUUUUUCAAAAUUACCCUUUGAGACGAGGAGAUGAGCAGGAGUAAAUUACAAGGGAUGUCGAUCGUGGUGUUAUUGUCAUCGACUUCUGCUUUCUGCCCUUCGAUCUCCUCCACGAGAUUUCUUCUGCUUCGCCCUCACGGAGGUUCUCCAUGUUCGAUUCAUCUCCAAGGCACUCGCCUUUGUGUCCGCUCACGACUUCCACCUACCUCUAUUCAAGAUCCCCUUCGUGAGAGGUCUUCUUCUGCUACGAGAAGCCAAUGCGGAGCUUGGAGGCGAUGGUGGUCGUGCUCAGUGUGUCGGUGGCGCAGGCGCGGUCCAUGUAAUACCCAUUCGGCGGCGAGGUCAUGCUCAGCGUGUCGCUGGCGCAGGCUCUGUAAGGGCCACGGCGUCGACUUUGCUGUCGCCUACGUUGACGUGGAGCUCUGGGAACUAGCACUGGGCGACCCCGACGACUCCGUCGAGGGCAAACUCAUGCCGAAGAAGAAGGCCGGAGUUUUCUGCGUCCAGGUCACCGGUCUCAAGUGCGGCGGCCUCGUUUUGGCGUGCAAGUUUGACCACCACGUUGCCGACGCCUACUCCGCCAACAUAUUCCUCGUCUUCUGGUUGGAGCUCGCCACCUUCAGCCACGCCACCCACCUCCCUUCCUUAACAUUUACUAUAUAAUUUAACAAGGGGUAAUAUAGUAAAUGUCAAAUUAGAUUAUACCAUUACUUAGGUUGAACCAAACAAGUUUAGGAUUAUAUUGUAUUCCCUAUAAUCAUAAUUA